UGGAAUUGUUGUUGAUUGUGCACCGUCACCAUGGAACUUAGGUCUGGAACUAGUACCACCCCCUACAGCAAGGAGCAAGAGGAGAGAGCUGCCGCUAUCCUGCGAGAGAGGAAGGAGAGAAUGGAGAAGAGGGAACUGAUUAAGCAGGCCAAGAUGCUGGCCCUGCUGGAGGAGCAAGAGACAAAGAAGAAGCAGAUGGAGGAGGAGUUGAAGGAGCAGGAGGAGAAGACGGCGGCUAUACAAGAGGUGGGGAAAGAAGAAGAAGAAGAAGAAGAAGAAGAAGAAGAAGAAGAAGAAGAAGAAGAAGAAGAAAAGAAGUAGAGUAAGAAGAGUCAUUGGAGAGAAGGAGAAGGGAAGCUAGCACAAGCAAAGAUAUUGAGAUAGCAAGGAUUGCACAAGAGUUGGCCGCACAUUUGGAG